AUGACUUUCCAUCCCGACACUCUCCCUAAUCUCAAGGGCAAAGUAUUCAUAGUCACAGGUGGGAAUUCCGGCAUAGGCUACUACACCGUAACCCACCUAGCAGAACACGGCGCCCACGUCUACCUGUGCGCCCGAUCCCUAGAGAAGGGCACAGCAGCCAUCGCCAACAUCAAGGAAAUGCACCCCUCAGCUAACAUCAACCUCCUGCAAAUGGAUUUCAUGGACCUCACCAGCGUCGUCGCGGCCGCCAAGCAUUUCCUCACCCUCGAAACAGCCCUACACGGCCUGGUCAACAACGCAGGCAUCAUGGCGACGCCCUUCGAAAUCACCAAAGAUGGCCAUGAGGCCCAGUGGCAGACUAACUACCUGGCGCAUUGGGUUUUGACGGAGCACUUUCUUCCUCUGAUGCUGCUGACCGCCAAGGGGCUUUAUCCUGGCAGCGUGCGCAUCGUCAACCUCACUUCAUCAGGCCAUUUGGGCGCACCCAAGGGCGGCAUCAAUUUCAAAGACCUCUCACUCAAGGAUAGUGGCCCUUGGGCGCGGUACGGACAAAGCAAGCUCGCCAACAUUCUGCACGCCAAGGCUCUACACAAGGCGUACGGCCCCGGCUCUCCCAGUGCGCGGAACGGGGAGGGCGAGAUCUGGGUUUCGUCCGUCCAUCCAGGUCUGGUUGAGACGAACUUGGCCACUUCGGUGGAGGACUCGGGGUCGGGCAUGACAUGUGUUUUCUCGGUCUUACGCAUGUUUGGGUUGAUGUGGUCUGCGGAUAAAGGGUCGUGGACCAGUUUGUUCUGUGUGGCGAGUCAGGAUAUGAAGGCCGAGCAGAGCGGUACGUAUCUCGAAAUUUUCCGACGGUUUGGGGAGCCGAGGUGGCAGAGCGAUAUGGCGAAUGAUUGGAAGCUUGUAAAGAGGUUGGAGGAGUGGACUAGGGAGGUGGUGAGGAAGGAAGGGUGGGUUUUAUAG